AUGGCCAAUCAAAGGCUGCAGGGCCCCUCCAGUGUCACCGCCCACCCGGGGAUCCCCGCGGGUCACGUGAGCGGGAAAUGGGAGCUAUGCCGCCCCGGGGCGGUGCCGCGGUCUCGCCCCACGCCCACGCCCGGCCCCGCGUGCGGAAGCUCCGGGCGCGGCCCCGGCCCGAGCGCAGCUUCUGCUUUCGGGCCGCGGUGCCGCCCCCGCGCCCACGCUGGAGACGGAGCUGGGGGGCCUCGCCCGCCCCCCGAAAGCGGAACCUCGCGGGGGGAUCCCGGCCCGGCCCGGUUCCUCUUUCGGGCCCCGGGGUCACGAGUGCCGCCGGUGUCCCCAGGCCAUGGACCCCCCCCCCCCCGGCGGGUGCGCCUCAAGCCCUGGCUGGUGGCCCAGGUGAGCAGCCGCCGCUUCCCGGGGCUCCACUGGCUCGACCCCGAGCGCCGCCGCUUCGUCAUCCCCUGGGGACACGCCACCAGGAACCCCCCGGGACCCCAGGAGCACGACACCAUCUUCAAGGCGUGGGCGCAGGAGACGGGCCGGUUCCGGGCCGGGGACCCCCCGGACCCCCCCCGCUGGAAGGCCACGCUGCGCUGCGCCCUCAACAAGAGCCGCGAGUUCCGGCUGCUGCUGGACGGGCCCCGCGGGUCCCCGGCGCAGCCCUUCCGCAUCUACGAGCUCUGCGAGGAGCCCCCCGGGGCCGCAGACGGGGGGGACGAGGAUGACUAUGGCUGCAGCGGGGAGGAAGAUGUCAGCCAGCUGCAGAAGAUGACAUCCCUGAGCAUCGAUGACACGCAGCACGGGGGGGACCUGCUGCCCCCCUAUCCCUGGCCCAAGGAGGAGCCCCCCCCCUUUGUGCCCUUUGUGCCUCCCCCCCCGGCUCUGCUCCCGGGGGAGGCGGGGGGCACCCAUGGGACCCCCGAGCUGCUCCCCACUGCCCUCGCCGAGACGGGGCCCCCCCUGGGCCCCCCGGGACCCUCGGCCACCUGCCCGGUGGCACCGACGGAGCACCUGAUCCCCGACCUGCUCGUCAGCCCCCACAUGCUGCCACUGACCGACCUGGAGCUGAAGUUCCAGUACCGGGGCCGGCAGGUGAGCGCCCUGACCGUCAGCAACCCGCACGGCUGCCGGCUGUUCCACAGCAGCCUGGAGCCCACGCGGGAGCAGGAGGAGCUCUUCGGGCCCCUGACGCUGGAGCAGGUGCCCUUCCCCUCUCCCGACGCCAUUCCCAACGAGAAGCAGCGCUUCUACACCCACCAGCUGCUGGACGUGCUGGACCGAGGGCUCAUCCUGGAGCUCCAGGGCCAGGAUCUCUUCGCCCUGCGCCUCUGCCAGUGCAAGGUCUUCUGGACAGGGCCCUGUGCCGCCCCCCAGCCCGGCCCCAACCCCAUCCAGAGGGAGACAAGGACCAAGCUCUUCAGCCUCGAGGGCUUCCUCAACGGCCUCAUCCAGUUCCAGAAGGGGCAGACCCCCACCCCGCCCCCCUUCGAGAUCUUCCUCUGCUUCGGAGAGGAGUGGCCGGACCAGAAGCCCAAGGAGAAGAAGCUGAUCACGGUGCAGGUGGUGCCGGUGGCCGCCCGGCUGCUGCUGGAGAUGUUCUCCGGGGAGCUGUCCUGGUCGGCCGACAGCAUCCCGCUGCAGAUCUCGCACCCCGACCUCAAGGACAGGAUGGUGGAGCAGUUCAAGGAGCUGCACCAGCUCUGGCAGAGCCACCAGCGGCUGCCGCCGGCGCAGCCCCCGCCCGGCCCCGCGGCAGGACCCUGGGGGCUGCCCCCCGGCCCCCUGCCCCACUGACAGUGACAUGGGGACACGGGGACAGCCCUGGCACUGCCCCCCGGGCGAGUCGCUCCGUGGCCAUCUCGGCUGGUGGGGCCCGGGCCACCCAUCCCAGAAAACAGGGGCUGGGGGUGCCCAGGCCUGGGGAGGCACAAAGCAGCCCCAGCCCUGAGAGAAGAACCAGAGGGACCUGGGGAGGUUUAAUUUAUUUUUUCAGUUUUUUGUUGUUUUUAUUGUUCUCGAGAUGGCUACACACCCCCGGAGGGAACCGCAUGCGCCCGCCCGCCCUGCCCGCACUCGAGCCACGCCUCCGCCCCAGAGCCAAACCAAACCAAACCCAAAGAGGAAAAAAAGAAAAAAAAAACAAACAAGAAAACAAACUAAAAAAAGCAGAACAAAAUAAAAUAUAAAUCUCUA